GUCGCUUCUGUGGCUGUUUUCCGAUAGUUUGGGGUGCGGUGGCUUGGCCCGGUUCGCGAAGCUUGCGGACGCGCCCUGGCGGCCCCGCCACACCGCCGGAGUCCAACUCCAAGCGGCGAAGGCACUUUGAGGGAAUGGCGUCCUCGGAGGGAGACUUUUGUCACGCCUGAGGCGGGCCUGAGAUGUCUCACCUUAGUGCUCACCUGGACCUCGCUCCUUUUACAGAAGGUGAUUCUGGGCUGGCCUGUGACUUGCUCUGACCAGUGGAAUGUGCUGGAAGUGAUGCUAUGCCCUUGGGAGGCUGCGCUGUGCCGUAAAGGAGCUCAGGCUAGAUUACUGGCUGAUGAGAGGCCACGCAGAGAGGGAGAGGCCAGGAGGAGGAACCUGAGGUGCCAGAGUGAAUGAAGCCUUCCCACCCAGCCCAUCUACUGUUGGAAUGCAGUCUCCAGAACAAACUACAAUCUCAGAGGAGGAGAGACCACAGUGAAGGAGGGACUAAAGGCAGCUGCAUCGGAACCUGGAAGGUUCCAUAGGUCAGAAGUCUGAGAUGAGUCUCACUGGGCUUAAAUCAAGGAUUGAUGUCAGCGGAGCUGCAUUCCUUGCUGGAGGCUCUGGGGAGAAAUCAUUCUCUUUUCCAGCUUCUAGAAGCUGUCUACACUCCUUGGUCAUGGUCCCCUUCCAUCUUCAAAGCCAGCAAGUCUUUCCGACAUCUCAUUACUGUGACAUUGACUCUCCUGCCUCCCUCUUUCACAUGUGAGGAAAAUGAGGCACAGAGAGGUCCUGUGGCUUGCUCAACAUCACAGAGCCGCCCUGAUAUUGCAGAGCCUGAGGAAGGCCGACUCACCACCAUCUUAUUUUACUGAGGAAGGAACCAAGGCCUAGAGGGACAUCUGUGUGUCCAGGUGUCAAAACUAACUGAUGGCAGUGAGAGACAAGAGCCUCACCUCCCUUCUAACCUAGGCCUCAUCCCAUGGGCCUUCCCUCCUUUUGAAGAAUGGCUCCUUCUUGGCAGAGGCUGGGUUUAUAUGCCUCUCUUCUGAAAAGGCAGCUACAUGAUGGUCCAGAUGUCAUCAAAUGGGGAAGGAGAGUGAUUCCAGGAUGUUCCAGAGGUAUUUACAGUGCCACGGGAAAGUGGACCAAAGAGUAUACGCUGCAGACAAGAAAGGAUGUGGAGAAAUGGUGGCAUCAACGAAUAAAAGAACAGGCCUCCAAAAUUUCAGAAGCUGAUAAAUCAAAGCCCAAGUUUUACGUGCUUUCCAUGUUCCCUUAUCCUUCCGGCAAGCUGCACAUGGGCCACGUGCGUGUGUACACCAUCAGCGACACCAUUGCACGCUUCCAGAAGAUGAGAGGGAUGCAGGUUAUCAAUCCCAUGGGAUGGGAUGCAUUUGGAUUGCCUGCCGAAAAUGCUGCGAUCGAGAGGAAUCUACAUCCAGAAAGUUGGACACAGAGUUCUAUAGGCUGGGAAGUCCGAGAUCAAGGCACUUGCAGAUUUGGUGUCUGUAAUAUUAGACACAUGAGGAAACAACUUGAUCGACUGGGCCUGUGUUUCAGCUGGGAUAGAGAAAUAACCACGUGUUUACCAGAUUACUACAAAUGGACUCAGUAUCUCUUUAUUAAACUCUAUGAAGCUGGACUGGCCUAUCAAAAAGAGGCCUUGGUUAACUGGGACCCAGUGGAUCAAACAGUGCUUGCCAAUGAGCAGGUGGAUGAACAUGGCUGUUCGUGGCGUUCUGGAGCGAAGGUGGAACAGAAGUACCUCAGACAGUGGUUUAUUAAGACAACUGCUUAUGCAAAGCCCAUGCAGGACGCGCUGGCAGACCUUCCGGAAUGGUAUGGAAUAAAAGGCAUGCAGGCCCACUGGAUCGGGGACUGUGUGGGCUGCCAUUUGGACUUCACAUUAAAGGUUGAUGGGCAAGUCACAGGAGAAAAGCUGAGCGCCUACACGGCCACCCCCGAGGCCAUUUACGGCACCGCCCACGUGGCCAUCUCUCCCAGCCACAGACUCUUACAUGGGCACAGCUCUCUGAAGGAAGCCUUUCGGAAGGCUCUCAUCCCUGGCAAAGAUUGCCUCACGCCCGUGACAGCUGUGAACAUGCUCACCCAGCAGGAAGUCCCUGUUGUCAUCUUGGCCAAAGCUGACUUUGAGGGCUCUCUGGAUGCAAAAAUAGGAAUUCCCAGCACCAGCUUAGAGGACACUGUCUUAGCCCAAACCCUGGGCCUGUCGUACUCUGAAGUCAUUGAAACCAUGCCAGAUGGCACGGAGAGACUGAGCAGCUCUGCGGAGUUCACAGGUAUGAACCGGCCAGAUGCAUUUCUAGCCCUGACUCAGAAAGCCCGGAGGAAGAGAGUGGGCGGAGAGGUGACAAGUGAUAAAUUGAAGGACUGGCUGAUCUCUCGGCAGCGGUACUGGGGCACGCCCAUCCCCAUGGUCCACUGCCUGGCCUGCGGUCCUGUGCCCGUGCCUCUGGAGGACUUGCCUGUGACCUUGCCCAGCAUCACCUCUUUCACUGGCAAGGGAGGCUCCCCACUGGCCUCAGCUUCGGAGUGGGUGAAUUGCUCCUGCCCUAGGUGCAAGGGAGCAGCCACGAGAGAGACAGAUACGAUGGAUACCUUUGUUGAUUCUGCUUGGUACUACUUCAGAUAUACCGACCCUCAGAAUACUCAGAGCCCUUUCAGCACAGCGUUGGCAGAUUACUGGAUGCCUGUGGAUUUGUACAUUGGAGGGAAAGAACAUGCUGUCAUGCACUUGUUCUAUGCAAGAUUCUUUAGUCAUUUUUGCCAUGAUCAAAAAAUGGUCAAGCACAGAGAGCCUUUUCAUAAACUGCUGGCCCAAGGCCUUGUCAAGGGGCAGACGUUCCGCCUACCAUCUGGACAGUAUCUACAGCGAGAGGAAGUAGAUCUCACAGGUUCUGUUCCUGUUCAUGCAAACACGAGGGAGAAGUUAGAGGUGACUUGGGAGAAAAUGAGCAAAUCCAAGCACAAUGGCGUGGACCCCGAGGCCGUUGUGGAGCAGUACGGCAUUGACACCAUCCGGCUCUACAUCCUUUUCGCCGCCCCUCCUGAGAAGGAUAUCUUGUGGGAUGUAAAAACCGACGCUCUCCCUGGGGUGCUGAGAUGGCAGCAGCGUCUCUGGUCCUUGGCAACUCGAUUCAUCGAGGCCAGGGUUUCUGGGAAGGUUCCCAGGCCUCAGCUGUUGAGUAACGAGGAGAAAGCCGAGGGCAGGAAGCUGUGGGAGUACAAGAACUCCAUCAUCUCUCAGGUGACUGCCCAUUUCACAGAGGACUUCUCACUGAAUUCUGCGAUUUCUCAACUGAUGGGACUCAGCAGUGCCCUCUCGCAAGCUUCUCAGAGAGUUGUUCUCCACAGCCCUGAGUUUGAGGAUGCUCUCUGCGCCCUGAUGGUGAUGGCUGCUCCCAUGGCCCCUCACAUAACCUCGGAGCUCUGGGCAGGCCUGGCGCUGGUGCCAAGGAAGCUGUGUACUCACUACGCCUGGGACACCAGUGUGCUGCUUCAAGCCUGGCCAGCUGUGGACCCGCAGUUCCUCCAGCAGCCCGAUGUCGUACAGAUGGCGGUUCUGAUCAACAACAAAGCCUGCGGCAAAAUCCCUGUGCCCCAACAAGUUGCCCAGGACCAGGACAAAGUCCACGAACUGGUUCUCCAAAGUGAACUGGGUGUCAGGCUCUUACAGGGGCGAAGCAUCAAGAAGGCCUUCCUCUCCCCCCGAACUGCCCUCAUCAACUUCCUGAUACAGGAGUGACUGCAGGGAUGCUGCGGCUACCACGAGGGCUUGAGGCACCUCCUCCAGGUCUGGGAUGAAGGAAGGAGUCUGGGGCCCAGGGGCAGGAAAAAGCCAAAUGUCUUUUUUUAUAUAUAUACAUAAAUUUUAUUUAUUUAUUUAU